GCGGCUGCCGCAGUGCCCGCCCGGCCACGAUGGACUACGGCCCGGAGCGGCUGUGGGCCCCGGCGGCCGGGCCGCCGCUCUACCCGCGCAAGGGUCCGGGCGGCGGGGGCGGCUCGGCCUCCAGCGGCUUCUCCUCCUGGUGUCGGGGCCCGGGGGCGUCCUUCUUGUCGUCGUCGUCGGCCUGGUCCGGCUGCUCCUCCUCCUCCUCCUCGCUGCAGCAGCUGCAACUGCAGCAGCAGCUGCAACUGCAGCAGCAGCAGCAGCAGCAGCAGCAGGUGCGAGGCCCGGACGUCCCCGACGCCCCCGACGGGCCGGGCCCCGGGGAGCCCCGCAACGAGAAGGAGGCGCUGCAGGCGCUGAACGAGCGCUUCGCCGGCUACAUCGACAAGGUGCGGCGCCUGGAGGUGCAGAACCGCGGGCUGGAGGGCGAGGCGGCGGCGCUGCGGCGGCAGCAGGCGGGCCGCUCGGCCAUGGGCGCCCUCUACGAGCGGGAGAUCGGCGAGAUGCGCGGGCGGCUGCUGCGCCUGCGCAACGACAAGGCCCAGCUGCGGCUCGACCGCCAGCGCCUGGACCGCGACGCCGCGCGCCUCCGCCGCCGCCUGGAGGACGAGGCGCGCAGGCGCGGGGAGGCGGCGGCCGCGGCGCGAGGCCUGGCGCGCGCCGCCGAGCGCGCCGGCCUGGCGCGCGCCCAGCUGGAGCGGCAGGAGCGGGCGCUGCGCGACGAGUGCGCCCUCUUGCGGCAGCACCACCGCCGCGACCUGGGCCGCCUGCUCGCCCGCCUCCAGGCCGACGCCGCCGACCCGGACGCCGCCGCCCCGGCCCGGCCCGGCCCGGACCUCGCCGCCGCCCUGCGGGACGUCCGCCGGCAGCUCGAGGGACACGCCGCGCACAGCCGGCUGCACUCCGACCAGUGGUUCCGAGUGAGGCUGGACAAGCUGUCCGAGGCGGCCAAGGUGAACACGGACGCGAUGCGCUGCGCCCAGGAGGAGAUCGGCGAGUACCGGCGCCAGCUCCAGGCCAAGACCACCGAGCUGGAGGCCCUCAAGGGGACCCGGGACUCGCUGGAGAGGCAGUGCUACGACCUGGAGGACCAGCACCACGCGGACGUCGCCUCCUACCAGGAAGCCAUCCAGCAGCUGGACAACGAGCUGAGGAACACCAAGUGGGAGAUGGCCGCCCAACUCCGCGAGUACCAGGACCUGCUGAACGUGAAAAUGGCCCUGGACAUCGAAAUUGCUGCUUACAGAAAACUCCUGGAAGGCGAAGAGUGCCGUAUAGGGUUUGAGCCAACGCCUUUCCCCUUCUCGGAGGGGCUCCCGAAAGUGCCCCCCAUUUCCACACACAUAAAGAUCAAAAGCGAAGAGAAGAUCAAAGUAGUGGAGAAAGUGGAGAAGGAAACUGUCAUUGUGGAAGAGCAAACGGAAGAGAUCCAAGUGACCGAAGAGGUGACGGAGGAAGAGGAGAAAGGAGGAGGGGAGGAAGUGACGGAGGAGGGUGGGGAGGAGGAGGAAGUGGAGGCAGAGGGUGAACGGGAGGAAGAAGCCCAGUCCCCAGAGAAGGAGACUAAACCCCCCCCAACAGAGGAGGCUGCAUCUCCAGAGAAAGAGGUCAAGUCACCGGAAAAGGCCAAGACCCCGGUCAAGGAGGACGUCAAACCCCCGGCCGAAGUCGAGUCACCGGAGAAGGUCAAGACUCCGGUCAAGGAGGACGUCAAACCUCCGGCCGAAGUCAGGUCACCGGAGAAGGCCAAGACCCCGGUCAAGGAAGACGUCAAACCUCCAUCAGAAGUCGAGUCACCAGAGAAGGUCAAGACUCCGGUCGAGGAGGAGGUCAAACCUUCAGCUGAAGUCAAGUCACCCGAGAAGGCCAAGAUCCCGGUAAAGGAGGAGGUCAAACCUCCAGCAGAAGUCAAGUCACCGGAGAAGGUCAAGACCCCGGUCAAGGAGGACGUCAAACCUCCGGCCCCAGUCAUGUCGCCGGAGAAGGCCGAGACCCCGGUCAAGGAGGACGUCAAACCUCCGGCCCCAGUCAUGUCGCCGGAGAAGGCCGAGACCCCGGUCAAGGAGGACGUCAAACCUCCGGCCGAAGUCAAGUCGCCGGAGAAGGCCGAGACCCCGGUCAAGGAAGACGUCAAACCUCCGGCCGAAGUCAAGUCGCCGGAGAAGGCCGAGACUCCGGUAAAGGAAGGCGUCAAACCUCCGGCCGAAGUCAAGGCGCCGGAGAAGGCCAAGAUCCCGGUAAAGGAAGACGUCAAACCUCCGGCCGAAGUCAAGUCGCCGGAGAAGGCCAAGAUCCCGGUCAAGGACGACGUCAAACCUCCGGCCGAAGUCAAGGCGCCGGAGAAGGCCGAGACCCCGGUCAAGGACGACGUCAAACCUCCGGCCGAAGUCAAGUCGCCGGACAAGGCCGAGACCACGGUCAAGGAAGACGUCAAACCUCCGGCCGAAGUCAAGUCGCCGGAGAAGGCCAAGACCCCGGUCAAGGAAGACGUCAAACCUCCGGCCGAAGUCAAGGCGCCGGAGAAGGCCAAGAUCCCGGUAAAGGAAGACGUCAAACCUCCGGCCGAAGUCAAGUCGCCGGAGAAGGCCAAGACCCCGGUCAAGGAAGACGUCAAACCUCCGGCCGAAGUCAAGGCGCCGGAGAAGGCCGAGACCCCGGUCACGGACGACGUCAAACCUCCGGCCGAAGUCAAGUCGCCGGAGAAGGCCGAGACCCCGGUCAAGGAAGACGUCAAACCUCCGGCCGAAGUCAAAUCGCCGGAGAAGGCCGAGACCCCGGUCAAGGAAGACGUCAAAACUCCGGCCGAAGUCAAGUCGCCGGAGAAGGCCGAGACUCCGGUCAAGGAGGACGUCAAAUCUCCAGCGGAAGUCAAAUCACCAGAGAAGGCCAAGAUCCCAGUUAAGGAGGAGGUCAAGGCACCCGAGAAGCCCCAGAGUAGAGAUGUCAAGUCAUCGGGGGCAGAGGAGGCUAGAUCCGCCGAGAAAGAGGUAACCCCAAAGAAAGAAGCGGUGAAGCCACCGGCCAAAGCAGAGGAAAAAGCCCCCGAGGUCAAAGGGAAGGAGCCACCAAAGAAGACAGAGGAGGAGAAACCCCCCGCCAAACCAAAAACGGAAGAGAAAAAGGAAGGCAAAAAGGAGGAGGCCCCCAAAAAGCCCGAGGCGGCAGCUGAGGAGAAACCCAAAGAGGCCAAAGCGGAGCCCAAGAAGUCCGAACCGGAGGACAAGAAAAAGGCCACGGCCCCCCAGCCGCCGCCGGCCUCUGAGAAGAAGGGGGAAGCCGAGGAGCCCCGGCCGGCCCCGGCCCCCGAGGGGAAGGUGACCGAACCGGCGCCCGAGCCCAAGGCCCCCACCCAGUCCGCCGAGAAGCCAAAGCCCGACCGAGCCCCCGCGGCCAAGAAGGAAUCCAAGGCUGAGGAGAAGGAAGAGCCCAAGAAGCUGGAAGAGAAGCCCAAAGAAGAGGGCCGGGCUGGCGGCGGGAAGGAGGCCGGCAGCGAGGCCAAGGCUGCUCCCACCAAGACCGAGGCAGAGAAGGAAGCCCCCAGGCCCAAGGCGGAGAAGGCAGGGAAGGCGGAGAAGUCUUCCGGCACCGACGGCCGGCCCGCCGAGAGACCCGCCGCCGAGCCGGCCAAGAAGGGGGACGGGAAGUAGGACGGGGAAGGACCGACGGCGCCGUCGGCGGCAGCCAGAGACCCUCGUGUGAGGCCGAACGAGCGGUUCUGUAAUUUCGUCACUUUUUUUUUUUUUUCCUCCCCCCACCCACCCUCCUUAAUUUAUCUGAAGUGAAAAGAUGAUGCUUAGACUGCAGGGCACCUUCCUUUUGCGCACUGGGACUCUCGUUAGCAAUACAGCAGUGGAAGGGGAGAGAAAAAUCAAAGAGCCUCGCCCUCCCCCACCUCCCGCCCCCCCAUCCCCCUCACCGCCCCUCACUACCCUCCACAAACAGUGGUCAAGCAAGCUUCAGUAGCAGAAUGCGAUGAUCCGCCGAAUGCCAGGUCGAACCCGACUGUCAGCGUGCCCCCCCUCCGCACCCCCCGGCCCCCAAAUAAGUGCAUUUAUUUCCUGUUUGUGUAACCGGAGGACGAAACACCCAGAUGAAUGUAGAGCGGGAAAUGCGGAGUGCCCCGGAGAGACUCUCCGUAGGGACGGAGCUCCUUCGGGUUCCGGGAGCCGUCUUCCGGCGGGGAACUUCCUACACUCCCCGCGCCCCCGUCCCGCCCCCGGGAGACUCGCCGGCCACCGGGUUGGGGGAGGGGGGCGGGACGGAGGUCGGGGGUGAACCGUCAAUUGCUUCCGUGCAAUAAAAUCAAGUGCUUACCAAAAAAA